GACUAGCAUAGAGCGCACUGUUUAUUAAUUGUUUUCUCCGGAUUUUUCAUCAUUCUACAAGUGGUCGUUUCGUUGGGAAGCACUAGGAAGUCUCGUGUUCUCGAAUCUCAAACCCCCGCACUUGCACAUCACCAUGAUUUCCGCCCGGGCUCUACAUUAUGUUUUGAAGAUCGGACAUCGUCAAAAGAAUAUCCAUUUCUUUCGCGAUGUAUUAAACAUGAAGGUAUUACGCCAUGAGGAGUUUACGGAAGGUUGCGACGCCGCGUGUAAUGGACCGUACGAUAAUCGCUGGAGCAAAACGAUGAUAGGCUAUGGACCGGAAGAUAAGCAUUUCGUCCUCGAGCUGACUUACAAUUACGGUGUGGCAGACUAUGUCUUGGGCAACGAUUUGGCUGCCAUCACCGUCAAAUCAUCCGAGGCAGCAGCUCGUGUCCGUAAGAGCAACUAUCCCUUCACCGAGACAGGAGGACAACUUGCACUUUGCUCGCCGGAUGGCUAUAAAUUUAUCAUUCGUUCCGAUACGACACCCAGCACAGACGAGGUGAUCGAGCGCGUCGCCCUGCACGUGACCGAUCUGAGCCGUUCGCUCGCCUUUUGGGUUGAUAAGCUGAAGAUGGAAAAGCUUCCGAGCACCGUUGAGCCGCGCGUCAGUGAGCUAACCUAUGACCAGGGUAAAUUCAUUCUGGAGUUCCGCCAGCUCGAGGAGCCGUUGGUUCGUGCGAAAGCGUACGGGCGCAUUGCGUUCGCCGUACCGUACGAUGUACAGCCGCAGAUCGAUCAGCUGGUGCGCGAUGUGGACGGAGCGGUGCUGAAACCGCUCAUUACGCUCGAUACGCCCGGAAAGGCCUCCGUCCGCGUCAUCAUUCUCGCCGAUCCCGAUGGGCAUGAGAUCUGCUUCGUGGAUGAUGAAGGUUUCGGGGCACUCUCGGUGGUCGAUCCUAGCAGCGAUAAUGCCCUUGAACGCUAUAUUCAGAAGGACCCGUUCCAUAAGUAAUAAUACAUCUCAUUCCGUUUCGCUCGUGUCGGUUUGCAGUGAAUGCAAAUCAGGGCAAAUCUUCUAAUGUUUAUUUGCAGUUUAUGCAAAUAAAUGCCUAAACUGCAAAGUCAUGUUUCCUUAUUAGUGCCUACAGCAUACCUGAGGGUGACAUGCCCUUUUGCUGACCACGUUGAUAUGUGAUGGUUAAUCACCAGGGUAUGAAAUGUUAAUAAAAACGGCUAAUACACAAUAGGUUGC